AUGUCCGGACCAACGGUAUCGAAGACAAGACAGGCAAACAAUUUCCACCCAAGUCAAAACGCCACCAACUGCAACUCCCAACAAUGUUUGACAUGA